AUGUCUGUGAUGUUGAACUCAACCCCAUCUGGCCCUCUGGACCUGCUAAUCAGUAACAGCAGUUCCACGCUGACAGGGGGCACCGUGGUGGUCAAAGACAGCUUCACUAACGCUCUGACUAAAAACAUCGUGGCCAUGCUAGUGUGGCUGACUCUCAGCAUCAUCAACAGCAGCAUGGUGCACACCUUCCUCAGACACAGGUACGCACACACACCGAUCUUUCAUUGUCCCACUAGAACAAGCUUUUAUUUUGGGCUAAAGAGGGGCUGAGAAUUUGAUUGUAGUUUUAUUAAUUUGGAUACUUUUGUGUAAUUAUGAUAAGUUUUUAAUAUCCUAUGAACUGAUGGUGUUGCACGUGACAUUAAAGGGAUAUUCUGGCGUAAAUUUAAUUCAUGGUCAAACACACCGUAACACCAAGUUAGACACCCCCCCAGGAGAUGAAUCUUGCCAACCGCUUGCUUCUUAAGUUACACCAACCUUAACAAGGACUGCACAAUAGCAAUACACAGUGAUCUAUGGAGCCACAGGCAAACCUAAACCAAAAAAGGUAGUACUAGCCACCAAACAUCUUUUUAGCUUUGCCUAGUUUCUUUAGCAAAGAGACUAAACACAACUCAUCCACUCUCCUCCAGCAGCCGCUUGUUUGUGAGGGAGCCCUGACAAGUCGAUCACCAAGUGCACCAGAGUUCUGAAGCUCAAGGAAGAAAAUUUAUGAUUAUUACAUCAUGGAAAUACAAUCAUUUCCGUGAAGUAAUAAUCAUCAUAAUAACCAUUUUGCACUGCAGACAAGGUAGUUCUUUUGCCUAAGCAUCUCGGUCUGAUUGCAUUUCCAUUUCAUUCCGUUAUUUGUGGCUAUAGAAUGGCUUUUUGGUUGCGGUUUGCACAUGGUGUGUUUGACCAUGACUUAAAUUUAUGCUGGAAUAUCCCUUUAAAACUGGUUGUCUCCGACCUCAGCCUGUUUUAUGAAAACCCUCGGUACAUCAUGUUCAUCUGUAUGGUGAUCAACGAUGCCCUCCAGCUCAGUCUGGUGACGGCUCUCUACGUGGUCAGCUACAUCUUCAGGAAGAUCCAUGCCUCUGUCUGCUGCUUCCUGGUGAGUCUGUCUACUCUGUUCACACUGGGGUGUGUUUAAAUGCCCCACUCUUGAUUAUUAACAUCCUGUUAAACUGAAACAACUAGAUGAAUCAUUUUAAGUGAAUCCACCUCUAUGUGCCGUAGAUCAUGACGGCCGUCCUCACCACUCGUUCCACCCCUCUCAUCCUGGCCGGCAUGGCAUUGGAGCGCUACCUAUCUAUAUGCUUCCCCUUACACUACAGCCAGAUGUGCACUGUCCCCCGCACCUUCCUCCUCAUUGGGGUCAUCUACAUCCUCACCUUCACCCCUCCUCUCACAGACCUCCUUAUCACCAUUGUCUACGAGCCCCGCAGCGUCUCCCACAGAACCAUCUUCUGUGACCAUCCCUUCCUCUUCCGCCAUCGCUCCAUCUAUUACAAGAACUGUGUGUUUGAUGGCGUCUACCUGUCUUUUGUCGCCCUCACACUGCUCUACACCUACUGCAAGAUCAUGCUGACUGCACGAGCCGCCUCCACGGGGCUGGCGUCAGUCAACAGAGCCAGGAACACUGUGCUGUUGCAUGGGGUGCAGGUGGGUAUGUCUGCAAGCACACAGUAAGAGGUUUGUUUCAGGAAGGACAGUAAACACCUUCCAUCCCUAUAGUGACGAUACAUACAUUUACAUUGGAGAGUCUACAGAUCCCUGCGACUCUACCGAAAGGCCAGUCAGCAGUGAAAUGUCGUCAUAUUGCCACUUUCCAGUCCCGCUACCUUCCUGCCUUGUAUAUGUACAGUAAACCCUGGCGACUCAGUCUAAAUGUAAAAUGUUUAAGUUGAAGCAAAUAAAUAUUGUACAGCAGCUAAUGCUGCAAGUAUUGUGAGUUAAGAGGAGAGAUGGUGGAGGACAGGGAAGUUGUCAAGAUGGAAAUGUCCACCACCAAGCAGAGCAACCCUCCUAGACUUCUGCAUAGUGUAAUGAUUUUCUAUGAACUGUUUUUGUAGUUCAUAGAAAAUUUAUAACUUCAAGUUAAUGCAGCAGCAUUUUUUUUCCGGUGCCUCUGCAGACAGCCUCAAGUGGACACUCAAGAAACUGCAGUUUUUCACUUAAAAAAAAAUACUGAACUAUCCUUUUAGUGAGAUUUGUCUCUGUCUCUGUUCUAGUUGCUGCUCUGCAUGCUGGCCUUUGUAGUUCCCUCCCUGCAGGCCGCUCUCAUCUCUCUCUUCCCUCGCUUCAGUCUGGAGAUCCGUUACAUCUUCUUCCUAGUCGUCUACAUCAUCCCUCGCUUCCUCAGUCCUGUCAUUUACGGUUUCAGAGACGAGCUGUUCAGGAAGUACUGGACUCGAUACCUGCUCUGUGGGAGCAGGUUGGCCAUUAGGGUCCGGCCGAUGUUACAGAAAGUCAACCUCUAA